UCCCGACGUACCCCGCGGCGCGCAGAUCUGGCUACUGGGUGCACAGCGGGGACAGCGGGAGCCGCGGCAGCGUGUCGUGAGGCUGGGUGUUUGCUGGCGGCCGGAGGCGACGAGGCGGGAUCGACAUGGAAGUGAAGGAUGCCAAUUCUGCACUGCUCAGUAACUACGAGGUGUUCCAGUUACUGACUGAUCUGAAAGAGCAACGGAAAGAAAGUGGAAAGAACAAACACAGUUCUGGGCAACAGAACUUGAAUACUAUCACAUAUGAAACAUUAAAAUAUAUAUCAAAAACACCAUGCAGGCACCAGAGUCCUGAGAUUGUUAGAGAAUUUCUCACAGCAAUGAAAAGCCACAAGUUGACCAAAGCCGAAAAGCUUCAGCUGCUGAAUCACAGGCCUAUGACUGCUGUUGAGAUCCAGCUGAUGGUAGAAGAGAGUGAAGAACGGCUCACAGAGGAGCAGAUCGAAGCCCUCCUUCACACCGUCACAAGCAUUCUGCCUGCAGGGCCAGAGGCUGAGCAGAAGAAAAACACGGAUGACGUGACGAUGGAUGAAGAGGACCCAGCCGGCCUAACCGCCUCAUGAAGCUGAAAAGCCCAGCAGCCAUUUCCCAGCCGUCCAGAGGAUUGUUCAUUUGGUCUUACCCUCUACCCCAACAGGCCUGAUUUCAUAAGCUAAAAAGAAGUGCUUGUGCCUCUGGGAGAUGAAACAUGGUGAAGACAGACUGAGGCUGUCAGGGCUGAGAGCUAGACAGAGGAAGACAGAGUCAAAGAGGACAGUGACUGUGCAGCCCUCUGGUAAAAAUAUUUCUUCUGUGGCCUUUGCCUCAGUGGCGGGCAGGGCCCCGUACACAGCUGGUGGAACACUUGUGUUGCCUUUGAUGGGCUAUGUCCUAAUGAGUUUCAUCUGCUUCCCUAGGAGCUUCCCAGACAGGGGUGCCAAGCGCUGUUGGGGCGAGAGCUGAGUGAGGAGAAUCCGGUGAGGUGGCUAGAAACUCCCAGAGCGGCACAUAGUUGCUCUAGGUCAGAAGGAGCCGCUGAACUUGGCUCACCUUAGAGGAAGCUUUUCCUAGAGAACAUCGAAGAUGAGAGAAGAGCCGCCUGGCCAACCCUUCUGCAGGCUCCUUCCCUCUGCUGGCAGGGCUCUUGUUUACCAGCUCACUGUUCAGUCUGAGAUGUUAGGGCGCCAGCCCCUUCCAGUUGAAAAGCAGCCCAGCAGACUGCGGACGGGGGCGACGGAAGUCCUGCCUCGGCUGCCUUUCCAAUCACCUGCCGUCUCCUGCCCUGAGAUAGGAGCCCUGGGCGCGCUCCGCCUCUUGAGCCUAGGUGAGCUUCACUUGCACAAGGGGCAGCUUGUUUGCAUCUUUGGAAAGGGCACAAAUAGGGAUGGGAUAUGAAGAACCAGAGAUUGAUUAGUAGGAAUUUGAAUUUGUUGGCUAUGGCAAGGCUGCAUCCGUUUUUCAGUUUCAAAUAUUAGGACAAUGACCAUGUGAAGAGCUUGUUGAUACUGAGGCUUUGGAGGGUUCAGUAGCUCCAGACGUGUGGUUGCCUUAGGUCCUAGGAAUAUUGCUAAAAAUUAAUUUCCCACAUUCGCUCUGCUCCCCCUUUGGGGAAAAAAAUGCCCACAGACAUUAACUUUCCAAAUCAGCACUCAUUUUGUUGUGAGAUUACAUAUUUUCGGUGUUGCUGUUAAUUGGAUUACUUCCCACACCCUUGCAAUUCCCAGGUUAUUUCAACCUCCCCACCACCCCUGCCAGUUACAGUGAUGUCAUUCUUAACCUUAUUAUCUGAGGAUCAGCUGAGACCUCGUUACAGGCAAAACUGGAAUUGGCAGGGCAUUUGUUUUUAUAUCUCUCUUCGGUAUUGGGAGUUUUACCAAGAACCGUUGAUUUAUUUGUCAAGGCAUCAUACCUGUGUCACUGUUUCAUUUUAACCUUGAGUGUAUUCAGUGCAUUUUCUUAAUGGAUUAAUCUAAUUAAUGAUUAUUUCCAAGUGACUGCCAACUUUUGGUAUUUGUAUAAAUCUUUGAAGAGUUUGUUUUGCCAUGGAUAGAAAGAAAUAAAAUCUGGCUUAAAAGGUAAAAUGUGUGAAUUUUUUGUUAAAAGAAGAAGUUGAACCUAUUUAGGUCCAAAAUCUAUUUCAGAUUGCAAGAAAAUUUUAAGUUUCUGUAUUUGGGACCUGAAUUUAACCUCAGUUUCUGACAAAGGCAGGCAGGCUCUGGAAGACUUAAGCUUUAUAGAUAAGGAACAUAUUCUGUAUAAUAUUCCUGUCACAUUAGUAACAUUUCAGAAAUAAGAUGAUUUGCACAAGAAACUUAAUCAGUAUCACAUCUGGGAAGGAGAGCAGGGGAGCCUGGGAAUCUUACUUUUCAUUUUAUAUCCUUCUAUGUGGUUUUAGUUUUGGACCGUAUGACUGUUGUAUUCUUUAAAAAGAAAAAAAGUACAUCCAUGUGCUUGUUGUCCUUGGCCUCUGUGAAUGUUACUGAAUGUGUACUUGACAGUUGAAUUAUGUCCCAUAUAGAGGCUGACACCCAGUGUCUGGUCACCCUAGGAGAGGCUGCUCUGAGGGGAACUGGGGCAGACAGAUGAGGGAGGCAGAGUUUUGAGAACUAAUGCCGGUGUCUUGCUCAGUUACUGUAGCUAGAUAUAUUUUUAGGUUGGCCAGUGUCUGUUUGUUAUUCCAGACUUUCCUAGAAUCUCAGUUCACUUUUUUUUUUUUUAGGGGAAAGCCCUAGUUUUUGACACAGGAAGAUUUUUUAGUUAUCUAUCAAGAAGAUACCACUGAGCUCUUAAAAAAUUGACUCCCAGUUAGAGGUUUACCCAAAUAUUUCCCUUGCCCCCUUUUGCUUAAAAAUUACAGUAUGAGGUCGCCUGGGUGGUUCAGUUGGUUAAGCGUCAGACUC